GAUUACUACUAGGAAAAGGAGCUUAUGCUCCCGCCUUUUUUUGCAAACCAAUCCUUAACAAAUUGUAAUAGAAUUUAACUAUGACUUAUUUUCCAAUUUCUUUUUCUACCAUAAUCAAGUUGAAUUAUUAGAGAUUCUUUUUCCCCAAAUUUUGAGUAGCAAAAGAAAGAAUUAGCAAGAGAUUAAAACAAGAAAGGUAAAAGGAGGGGAAAAAAUGGCUUCAGCAACAGUGGCUGUUGUAACUCCCCUUUCACCCACAAAGAAGAACAGGAUUCAAGUAUCAAAUACCAAAAAACCUCUAUUUUUCUAUGUUAAUCUUGCAAAGAGGUACAUACAACAACACAAUGAGGUUGAGCUUUCAGCAUUGGGCAUGGCUAUCACAACAGUUGUCACCAUUGCUGAAAUAUUAAAGAACAAUGGAUUUGCGUUUCAAAAGAAGGUUUGCACGUCUACCAUUGGAAUGAAAGAUGAAAACAAAGGUCGAACGGUACAGAAAGCAAAGAUUGAAAUAGUGUUGGAAAAGACUGAAAAAUUUGACUCUUUGAUGUCUCCCACGAGUACCAACAACAACGACAAGAAUCAUGACAUCCCAACUCAUGCCACUUCAGAUGAGAAAAAAGAAUCGGAAAAAUAGUCCAAGUACUAAAACUUUCUCAACCAUUGCUCUAGUUUGAACAAUUAUAAGUUACCAUUACUUUUACUGAAGGUAUUAUUAAUUAUAAAAUAAAAUCUAUAUGUUAGGAUAAUAUAUGUGCCAAUUAGGACAAGUAAACCACGUUUUUGGAGAAAAAAAAAAUGGGUUUAUGCAAGCAAUGUCUAUUGGUUGCUUCCUAGUUGAAGCUUAUGUAUUCAAUUUGCUUUUCUUUUUUUUACCUUUCUUAUUCUUAUUUUGGGAAAUUGUACUAGUCACCAAUGAUGACUAAUGAUGGAGAAAUGGUUGAAAUAGGA